CAGCAAUAUUAAUGGCAUGAUUAUAAAUGAAGGCUACAACGGUUAUUAUCAUCAAGAACCCGACAACGGAUACAUUGAACAAGAGCCAAGCGUAGAUAUUGGACAGUAUUAUGAGCAAUAUUAUGACCAUGCAACCAGCCCACCAAACAUCAACAAUUAUUAUCACCAUCCGUUAAAUAAAAUGCAAUAUCCAGUAGUGACAAAGUACCCACAAGAACCUCAAGCAAACACUGAUAAUAUUAAAAUAUAUAAAGAAAAUCAGAGCAAUAAACCAGCAACAAGAAAUCAAAAAUCACCACCUGACCAAGAUCAACCACCUCAAAAACGCCCUGGAAAUAGCAAUCCUUUGCCAAUGCCAACAGUAGAACAAUCUCCAUCACACCAUGGUGGUGGUGGUGGCGGCGGCGUUAAAGGAGGAUGGGGUUCAGGUCAUGACGACUGGGGACCAUCUGAGAUUUGGAACGCGAUGAAAACAUACUGGAAGAAAAGUGAUAGCAAAUCAACUGCUCAAAAGGUUUUCGAAGUGUCCAUCGGGAUUCUCUCAUUUUUAGCGUUCGGAGGAUACUUGCUCAUGCUCAUUUAUCAAGUUUUUGCUGUAACCACAGCCGUUCCAUUCUUUCCUUUAUUAUCCUCCACGGUCCCACAGAAUCCAACACUUUUCGGAUUAUUGUUUGGCCGAAGCAUAGAAUCGGAUAAUGGGGUUUAUCGAUUCAACCCAAACGAAUUAGUAAAUGGAAAAUAUAUCGAAGAAUUGGAACGCAUCGUCAAAACUGCAAUGGAUAAGGUGAGACUGCAGUGGUCUGGUUUUGUGGUGGGUGAAAUGCAUAAAUAAUAAGUUAGUAAUUAUUUGUUACUUAUUAAGUAUUAUAUACGUAAUGAUAUACAAUAAAUAUCUGUACCAUUGAAAGAA